AAAGAAAAAAACACAACAGUGACAGAAGUAGCGUGAUAAGAAGGCAUAGCUAGGAUCUAGCUAGAACAGAUAAUCUUUUCCGGCAAAAAUGAGUGCAUCCAGAUUUCUCCACAUGCAAAGGGCUUCUAAACCCUUACUUUCAUGUCGAAGCAUUACUCUUAACAGAUUUACCAAUGUUUCACAUGCGUCAAAAGUUCCAGUCACACUUGGAUCAAUUCAUAAUUAUACUACGCAAGCGGCCCAAGAAAAAACUGGCUAUCAUUCAAUAAUCCGCGAUUCGGAGAAGCCGGUAGGUGCGAGUGACAAACAUGAAUUUCAAGCCGAAACACGAAUGCUGCUGGAUAUAGUGGCCCGCUCGUUGUACUCCGAAAAGGAAGUUUUUGUCCGGGAGUUGAUUUCCAAUGCGAGUGAUGCACUGGAAAAGUUCCGAUACACAAUUCAUACGGCCGGCGAAGGGGAGAAAAACUUUGCUGAACCUGAUCGAGCGUUGGAAAUUCACAUCGGAACAAACAAACAGGAUCGACUGUUGACCAUCCAAGACACCGGCAUAGGGAUGACCAGGGAUGAGUUGAUUUCCAAUUUGGGUACAAUAGCUCGAUCCGGGUCGAAACAAUUUCUUGAGCAAAUCAAGGACAAAUCGGCUAGUGCAGAUAAUGCACAGAACAUAAUCGGUCAGUUCGGAGUUGGGUUCUAUUCGGCGUUUAUGGUUGCCGAUCAAGUAGAUGUAUACACGAAAUCAUCUCAGCUCGACUCACCGGGUCUCAAGUGGACUUCGGAUGGCUCGGGAAAUUUUGAAAUCCAGGAAGCUGAAAAUGUGCAAGUUGGAACGAAAAUUGUUAUUCAUUUGAAAACAGAUUGCCGCGAGUUUGCCGAUGAAGAUCGGAUACGAGAGGUGAUUCGAAAGUAUAGCAACUUUGUCGGUAGUGCAAUAUUUCUGAACGGAAAGCAAGCUAAUCAGAUUCAGCCUAUUUGGCUGAUGGAACCGAAAGAAGUUUCCCAGGAGCAACAUAAUGAAUUUUUCCGAUUUGUUGGAAAUACUUUCGAUAUUCCAAGAUUCACACUUCACUAUAAGACCGAUGUUCCACUGAGUAUUCGAGCUUUACUCUAUUUCCCAGAAGGCAAACCAGGUCUUUUCGAAAUGUCGAGAGACGCGGAUGUUGGAGUUGCUCUUUACACCAGAAAGGUGCUCAUUCAAUCGAAGACCGAAAAUCUUUUACCAAAAUGGCUUCGAUUUGUUAAAGGCGUUGUAGAUUCAGAGGAUAUACCGUUGAAUCUCAGCCGAGAAUUGUUGCAGAACAGCGCACUCAUUCGGAAACUCCGGACAGUUUUAACCAAUCGUGUCCUUCGAUUUCUCCACGAUCGUGCAGUGAAGGAUCCAGAAAAUUACGAUAAAUUCUACAGAGACUAUGGUCUGUUUCUGAAGGAAGGAAUUGUAACCAGUACCGAGCCACAGGAGAAGGAAGAGAUUGCCAAACUGCUCCGAUUUGAGACCAGCAAGGAAGCCAACAAGAAAGUCAGUCUUCCCGAGUAUUGCAACCAACAACAGGAUGGUCAAAAAGAUAUCUAUUAUUUGGCAGCGCCGAAUCGAACACUCGCCGAGGCAUCACCUUACUAUGAGUCACUAAAAAAGAAGGGAAUCGAGGUGCUGUUCUGUUACGAAGCCUACGACGAAUUGGUUUUGAUGCAGCUCGGUCAGUUCCUUGGUAAAAAUUUGGUCUCGGUGGAGAAGGAAAUGCGUCGAUCGGAAAAGUCGGAUGAACUCGAUGAUAAAAUGGUCGAGGGAUCUCUUCUCAAGUCCCAAGUGGAUGAAUUGGUCCCAUGGAUCAAGCAGAAGUUGACCGGCAAAGUGGCUUCCGUUAAGACGACAAACAAACUCGAAUCGCAUCCCUGUGUGGUGACAGUAGAGGAGAUGGCCGCGGCGAGACAUUUUAUUCGAACUCAGAGCCAAAAUAUGAGUGAGGAAAAUCGGUACGCUUUACUGCAACCGCAGCUCGAAAUUAAUCCGAGGCAUCCUAUUAUUAAGAAACUUCAUAAGCUAACAACUUCGGAUCCAGCCUUAGCUGAUUUAUUAGCCAAACAGUUGUUUUCUAAUGCCAUGGUGGGAGCCGGUUUAAUGGAGGAUCCACGAAUGCUGCUCACGAGUAUGAAUGAACUGUUAGAAAAGGUAUUGGAUAAGCACUAGAUAAAACAUGUGAUAUAUGUGAACGUAAAAGAUAGGUGUUACAAAUAUAAAGGAACUUAUCAAACGAAUAUUAA